AUGUUUGCUGCCCUUUUCCUCGGAAUAACGCUCUUGCGUCAGAGCCAAGCGGGCAUAACCCUAUGCGAAGGCGAUUUUCCCAACGCUACCGAGGUUAUGUCAUCAUUGAAUAGGACGUACCUGCUCCAAUCGCUUCAAAAUUACACUAGGUUGAAGUGCGCCUAUCAAGAAUUUUAUUACAAAAAUGUUUCAAGAGGCGGAUUAAAGCACCUACACGAUGCGGUGUAUGUAUACGAGGAAGACAGCCGCCGUCCCCAAAAUAACCCUCUGUAUAUUUGGAAAGUGGUCAACUACACAAUACGCUUGGGGAGUAGAUCUGACUUUUACACGCGUCAUAGUGAGCUGGAUAUUUUGUAUUCGGACCACCAAUCAUGCAUGGUGAUGAAGAAUCAGGAUACUAGAAACUUUCCCAAGGCGUGUAAUUUGUGGGUAACAAAUCACUCCUUUUCAAGUCCUCCACCGCAGUGCGUUAAUGCCUUCAAAAGACAUUGCGGUUCAAAUCUCACAACAUAUGGCAUUGGAGAUUGUGUUGGACGACACGAUUACAGAAAUUUCUAA